UGGGCUAUUUUGGAAAUACAAUUGCGGGAAAAAUUUCGGAGCUGCCGGUUGCGGUUUUUUGGGGGGGCUAGUUUUAUAAUGUGCCGCGGCAGCGAAAAUGUUUAUCUGUAGACUUAUAAAAUGAACGUUCUUUAUUUUCCUAAUGUGCAACAAUCACAUAAACAAUACCUGUCAACCCAAGGACCUGUGCAGCGUCAGAAGUCCGUGAGUGGAGGGGCGCGUUUUGCUCUUAAUAUCACGUCAGAAAUAAGAAAUUACCUUACGUGAGGAGUUACGUCUAUACUGAGAGUUUUGAGGAAGCGGUAAAUCAUAAUCUGCAUAUUUGUUUGUUCGUUUAUUUAUAUCUUAACGUCAUGCAGCUUCCAGGUCUAAAUUCAUGGAGAGAACUGGUUAAUCAAUCCACACACAAGUUAAUCACAAGACUCUGUGCCACGCUAAAGUCCGCAGGUAAAGCAAUAAACAAGUAUGAACAAUGUCAGGUAGGCUAAAUCAUGUAAAAACACCGUGAAUCAGGACAACAGUGAAUCUGAGAGACGAGGAGAGAAGGUAAAAAGUCAGCCGGGUUAUUUCUUUAACACAUAUGCCUAAAAGCUUUUGUAAUGGUGAAGGAUCGGAAAGAAUCGGAGAGAAAAUGUUCUUGUUUUUUGUUUAUUCAUAUAUAUUGAUCAUAUUUUAAAGAGUUUAUCAUGCAAAAUACUUCUAAAAUAUCCAUCUAUUAUUCAUUCAUUCAUCCAUCCAUACAUACACACAUACAAUCCAUACGUUUUUGGACAUUAAAGACAACAUUUCUCUGUUUGCUGUGGAGGUAAGACAUUUGUAAGAUGUACAAAAUGUUUUUUAUUAACCUUGGAUUAGGCACAUAGAUGCUUUAUUAACAAACAACAGUCUUUCAUCCUGAUUAAUGAGUGUUGUCAUCAAAUGCAAGACUCAGACUGCAGAAACAAUGGAUCAAACUGAUACUACACAUUCUCUGCUUUUCAUGUGUGAACAAUUAAUGCAUCAGGACACAGAUUAUCAAUUACCCUUGUUAGAAAAUGGUCUGAACAUGAUCACAUUAGAUAAAAGUUAAAUACAAACCUGUUAAUCAUGAGUUGGUGAAUUGUGUAUGUUAAAACAGAUGAAACAUACAAUGUGACAGUCUGUACUUUUGUCUCAUAUUCACCCUUUAAUGUUAAGUUUCAUGACUCCACAGCAAACAGAGCAAUUUUGCCUAUAUUGUCCCAAUAGCCUAGACUACUUAUGUAGCCUACAGUUAUAAACAUCUAAGUGUAUUUAACUGUGUUAUUUUGUGACACCUAAAUAUGAACUAAAAUGUGCUAAAAUGUAUUUUAUUUAGAUAUUUACGUACCAUAUGAACCCAUCUUUGUAUAAUCUUUUCAAGUUAUUUAAAAAAAUUAAAUACAGAGAUAUGUUAAAAGGGCAGAGUUCAUAUGCUGUCUCAAAAUAGCAUGGUUGGGCACACUUAGAUGUUCUUAAGAUAAUCUUAUGAGGUGCUCAAGUAGAAUUUUUUGUGUAUUUAGUACGGAAUAGUGUGUGAAAAUAGAGCCCUUUAAGUGCAUUAUGAAAAUAAUUACCUGGAAAGUAGAUUAAAAGCAACAGUAAGAGUUUAUUUUACAGCCUUUUGUUUUAAUCCAGCAGUUUCAACUGUGAUUGGACAAAUGUAAAAAUUGGGCUAGUUUUAUUUCCUUUUGGGCGGGUUAUGUUGUCAUUGGGCUGGAAAUUUUUCUUGGACCUGGCAACCCUUCCUCCCUUGGUUUUUCCACUAAUCCACGAAGGGUAGCAACGGCAGAUUUAAGUAUCAGGGACAGGCUGGUUGCCUGAGUGUCACAAACCAAGAUAACGGAUGGUAGAGUGCGUGCACGGAGCCGCAGCAACGCGCACUGUAGAUUUCGGUUUGACCCAUCGGUGGCUGUGGGGUUAAUUGCCUUCACUGGUGGAUGAUGGUUCGGUCAUCUUAUUUCUCUUCUCUCUCUAGGUCUGCAGUGUGAUUUGCUGCAAGUGGACUGCAGUGCGAGCACUUUUGUCUGUAUACCACUUUGUCUUCACAAAAAUAGCUAAUUAUGAAAAGAAGGGAGGGGCCCAACACAAAGCCAGGUCUAGCCAGACAGCACCUCUUGGACAAGUACAGUGAUCUACCAUCUCCUGAUUUGAUCCAAAAUGGACACAUUCUCUUUCUUUAUGUCACAGCAAAAUCCAGCAACACUGCAACUGCAAGAGAAAUAGUCAAAUACAUCCCAGAAAUGACUGAAGAGCAGGCAAAAAAUAAAGUGAAGGUACUUGUUGGAAAAACUUUUAAAAAAUACAGAAAGCUAACUAAUGAGCGAGAAUACUGUCAGUUUGAAGGGAUAUGUAGCCAAAGGUUUUGUGAAAACUCCACUACCACCACAGUUUCCCAUGCAAAGUCUCCAAAGUCUGCUGAACAACAAGUUCCAAAACUUCCUUUAAAGACAACACGCGUUAGUAAAGCCAAAUGUCCUACUUGUACCAGAUAUAAGGAGUCUCUGAAAAACAUGAGGCAGAAAAAUCUGCAGAUGCAGAGAAGCAAGUACCUGGCAAUUAAGAAACUCGAAGCACAGCAGAGAAAGAAGGGAACAAUAAGGGUACUUAAUCAGAAACUGAAAAGGAAAGAAAAGCAAAUAUCUAAUUUGAAAAACCUGUUGAAAUCACAGGAUGCUAAAACCAUCGCUAAAUUAAAAAAACAAUACAAAGUAAAAGCAAGAAGUCAUAUGCGCCUGAAGAAAUCCCUUACACGCAUGAAACGAGAGGUCAAAUCAAAUUCUGUUAACGAUAUGGAUCGAAGAUGCUGCGAGUUAGAAGAAAGAAGUAUUUCGAUGAACAGUGAGAUUCAUGAUCUUCAGUUGAAAAACCACAUUUUGGAAGAAAAAAUCCAGGAUUUGGAAAGUGAAAAAAAACUUACAAAAAAAGACGCAAAGUUAUACUCAAAUAAAAUGCGUUUGAUGGUGUUUGAUGCAAUAUCCAAUCAGGUGCCUACUGCUAACAUCCAGAAUUUGAUUACAAAGUUUGGACUGCGCUUCAGCAUUUGUUUAAGUGAUGUGCCAAAAAGAGCUACUGUGGAAGCCAUGACCAGAGAAAUGGGGGCAUUAAGUGACCUCCAGACUGCUGAAGCACUUUUAGCGAACACACACACAACCCUGGGCUUUGAUGCAACCACACAGGAGGGAAUCCACUUGAACAGCAUACAUUUCACCACCAAAGAGAACUGUUAUGUUGUUGCUGUAGAUGAACUUCCAGGAGGCUCUGCUGAGGAUUACCAGAUCCAUAUUUGUGACUCCAUCAGUAACCUUGCCAGUGUCUACUGUCAUUUUUUUGAGGCAGACUACCAAAACAUUCUUCAACAAAUGAUAGGGAAUAUAUCAAACACGCUCACUGACCGCUGUGCUGCCAAUCAUGCAGCCAUUCGUUUAGUCUGUGCAUCUUGGAACAAGUCCCUGAAUGAGCUGAAUUGCAACCUUCAUCCUCUGGAAACAAUCGCUUUAAAGACAAAGAGUGCUCUGAAGGAGAUCGAGAAAUCCAUGGGGAUUACUGGGAAAACCAAGGGGAAAGACUGCAUUGGGGCCAACAUUGUAGUUCAAAUGAAUAAGAUGAGGUACAUGGAUGGCGAGGGUGACCCUCGUGGCUUUAAGGUCUUUCUGGAUCAAAACAAUCUUGCCCUUGGCCUCAUACCACGCUACAGAGGUAAUAGACUGCACAUUCUUUUCCAUAUAUGUGGGAUAUUCUCAAGUCAUCAUGCCACACUAAAGUCAUAUCUCUCUGGAGGAACAUCCUGUGGAGGCCUGCGUGAUAGCAUACUGGAAGACUUCAACUCUACAGCCGGACAGGUUGAAAUGCAAGUUCUGGGUUUGCUCGGGAAAUUUCUGACUGGACCCUGGAUGACCAAAUUCUACACUGGUGCAGAUGAGCAAACUGAUUACAUUAAAUGUAUUGAAAUUAUCAAAGAGACUGUGCAGAACCUGAAAGAUCAACUAAGCUCACCUGCUGAAUUCCUAACUCGCACAACAGACCUCUUUGGAAAUCAGUUGAAUGCUUCAGACAAAAUCCUUGAGAAAUUGCAACAACCACCAAAAGACAAAGUCAUGUUCACUCAAAUGAUGGAAAGCUGUCUGAGAGCAGUCAUUUUAGUACUUGAAAGACAAUAUCAACAAUACUUUGUUGAUACGUGGACAGUGACGGAGAAACUAAAACAAGAGACAGCCUCGGCAAGAUCACAUAACAUGGACGCUGAAGAGCUGAUGGGGAUGUUUAGUGCGCUGAAGAAGAAAGCUCCAAAUGCCACCAUCUGCUACUUGUCCUGUAAAAUGCGAGCACGGAAAAACAACACUGUGGAUUAUUUGGACAGUUUAGACAAGAAAAAACAAGAGUUAGUCAUCAGAAAAGCAGUGAGGCUGGGGGUCAUACAAAGAAGAAAGAGGAGGAAGAAGCAAGGAGAGCUACAGGAGGAAUUGCAGAAACGUCAAGCCACAAAUGAAAGGAAGAGAAGUGAACAAGAACGGAAAGUGUUAGAGAAAAAGUUUGAAGAAUUAGCUGCAGACAAGAUCGAGGAAGCGUUUCCAGAACUCCCAGAAGAAAAAAUUAGCUUGAUCAAGGAGUUGUUGGCUGGCAGAGGGGUGGGGGCAUUUAUAUGUCAUGCGUGGGAUUUGGGUGGCAGCAGGGUCAUUUUCAAUGGGAAAAUUGAAUCUUUCCAUGCUAAAAAAAAGAAAUACACUGUUGGCUAUUGGGCCAUGAGCGGAGAGGGGUAUGAAUUUGAUGCACAUGACACUGAUGUGUCCAUCUAUGCGAUGACAGCAGAUGUCAUCUUGGAUGACUUGGUUGUACAAUAGCCUGCAAAAAAAUUAUUCUGUAGCUGUGUCUCGUCCUCUAGAGGUUGCAUACGUCAUUGAGGCGGUUUCAUUUCACAAGUGUAAGAAGGACUUCUGAAGAUGACCUUCGAAUGUGCUCUUCUUUCACAGGAAUUCAGAGGAUACAUGAGGUGUAUCCUUUGCUAUUGCAGAUAGCCCACAAUUCUUUGUGUUGAUGUCAACAACCGUUUAGUUGAAAAAAAAAUGUACAUACAAACGAAGAGAGGCUCAAAGACGGACGUUUUCCUGGUCUUGUGUCCAAAGAUAGCAUACGAUAGUUUUCUGACAGUGUCAGAAGUUCAGCAUGAUCAACGCACAGUGUCUUUGCUGCUACGACCUGGUAUUUGUUUACCACUAGCGCAAACUGGUGACGUUGCGCUAACGUGUGACGCAGCUGCCGAAGCUUCCGUGUCAUCAUCGUACAGUCUACAUGCUUGUCGUACCCGAGUUUAAACGAUCCAUGUUGCACAGUGUGAUAAGGUAAUGAUCUUAUAGGAGGGCAAAAAUCCUGCCGUGUAUUCUGGGCUUAAGACAAGGCAGAAGCAUACUACAGCAGAUUUCUGUGGCAGUGGGCGGACCUACCAUGCAAGCGGUAAUCUGAUUGGCUAGAGCUCACCUUGAGAUCUUGAUUAAUAAUCGUUAUCUCACGGAUGUGACACAAUUACGGAGUGUGCUUUAAAAUGACCAAAAACAUGCAAGACUCCCCAAAUAUUUUAGAUGUCUCCAUAUAUAAAACACCUGAUUCAGUUCAUCAGCUUGUUAGGGUGUUAAUUAAGGAAACGUUUCAAACUUUCUGGAGGGAGCUUGAUGAGUGGAAUCAGGUGUUUCAUUUAAGGAGACAUCUAAAACAUUCUGGGGGGAGGACUAGAGUUAAGAACCACUGGCCCAUGUAAUGUUUUUUUUUAUGGGACUUAGGCCUUGUCCACACGGACACGGGUAUUUUUUAUAAACGUGACUUUUGCGCGGUUCGGCCUUUCGUCCACACGGAAACGCAGAAUGACGUCACUCAAACCGAACAUUUUGGAAAACCCCUCCCGGGGUUGAGUAUUUAAAAAAAAUGCCAGUUGCGGUGUUGUCGUAUAGACAAUAAAACCAGGGGUUUUUGCCUUGCGACGUCACUUUUGUUAGGCUUCUGAUUGGCCAAGGUGGCUUUACGAUUUGCGUUAUAUCACCGCCUGUUGGUUUGGCAUGCUCUUGACAGCGCACAAUCACGUGUUUUUGCUUGUUUAUAUGAUUUCUUUUAAACUGAGCAUUUGUGGAGGGGAUUUUUUUAAACUGCAGGAGUAAAAACUCUGGUUAUAAUAAUACCCAUGUCCGUGUGGACUAGGUCUUAAUGUAUAGAAAUGGUUUUGUUUCUAUGUAAAGCUUCUGCUUUCCUGAUUUGUUAAUACACGAGUCUUGAAAUUUUUUAGUUAAACCUCUAUUUGUCACAUUUGAUUGUAAAUGUUGAACUUGUAAUGUGUUAGUGAAGAUGGACCUUUGCUUGUAUGUAUGUUAUGUUGCUUUUGUUUAAUGAAGAUACUGUAUUCAGUAAGUAUUUCCUCUAUACUGGUUAAUGAAAAUGGACUUUAUUCAAUCAUUUCUUUGUGCAAGUUGUUCAUUGCAUGACUUAUUUCAGUAACACUUGAUUCUUUGUUGUGAAAACUAGAAAAAUCUGUAUAUUAUCCAGUUGACUUAACUUUAACGGUGACGUGCAAAGGAAUUGAAAGAGUAAGGUCACAUACUUUACUGCAUUUAAUUUUGACACCUAAAGUUAAGUUACAAUAACAUUACACUUCAUGCAUCCCAACUUAACGGAGUCAAAGCAACAGUCUUACUCGCCCUAGUCAAGUCUAAUGAGCAAAAUCAUAGUUUUGAAAUGUUUAAAAGAUACGUUUAGGAAAUAGUUUCACAGUUCAAAGAGCAACAAAAUCUGAAUGCUUCAUAAUUGCUACAGUUAGUUAGCUCUAUAAAACAGAUCAUGUUCAUUUAACAAUUGGAUGUAAAUUAAGUGAACAUAACACUUCAUGUGUGCUAAACAUAACUGAGUUAAAGCAACUUAAUCACAUGAUGAAGCUGAAUCAACAAAGAUAUUCUUGUUUUGAAGUUGUUUAUGCUUGAUACUUGUUAGAAUUUAAAGAUUGUUCCCCCACUCCUCACAUUUAUAUGUUUGAUAUCUUUAUAUCAUAUAACCCUGUAUAUUCUUUAUUGUUGUCCUUGUAUGACUACUGAAGCAGUGAUCACUUUUAUUUGUCUUAGCUUGCAUUUAAUAAUUUCAUACAGAGUUGUGACAUUUCCCUUGACUAUGCAGAAAAGCUGGACAUGGGCUGAUCAGUCGAGGUCUAGAAAUUCAACCAGACUUUCCUGUUUCAACCUCCACUUCCUUGUUCGCAUUAUAGAACUGUCUAAGAAUGGUUAUUUAUGCAUCCGUAUCCAGACUUGCUCCCGCAGGUACCGAUCAUGCGAUUGUUCUCCAGACAUGUUUGCUCAAUGUGCGGAUCAAAAACCCUGUGAUUCAUGGUGACAUCAUGUGAUUAGUAUUUCCUUUCUGUACUCUAUUUAAUCUGAAGUCUGUCUAAUAAACUUUGGUCUAUGUUUGAACUG